AUGGCUGAACAUUGUAUGGUGAUUAGCGGUGAAUGGAGAUCUUUGCCUGACGGGAAAUGGGAUUUUGUCAUCGACAAGCAGCGUAUGUCGCAGGUUGUUGCAUUCGAGGAUGGGAUGAGUAUUGAUGAAUUGAAGAAAAACGUCAUUAGAGAAUUCAUCGCUGAUGGUGGGUCUGAGAUAGAUGUUGAAUUAAGCUACUGGCCACCGAACACUCACGAGCUCGCGACCGGCAUUACAACCCCGCCUGUGAUUGUAACCAGUGGCGCUUCUAUCUCUUAUUUCUGCAAGCAUUUCCGCGUAAAGAAUUCAAUGAACUUGUUUGCCAACUUCGGCAAACGAGUCAUCUCUACAUCAUUGCCCGUUGGCAAGGGUUUUUCCGAUGGCUAUACAACACCAAUGCCGACAACUAAAAGAGCCCGCUUCACGGAAGACCUAGGGGGCGAGGGAAUGUUCGGGUUGGGCAUUGACAACCUAGACGAGUUUGGAUCAUCUGUUGGGUCAAGAAAGUUUCCGGUAGAGAUAGAUGACGAGCUGGUGGCUUCACACAUGGAGAAUGUGGAAAACAUUAUGCGCAGCGGAGAUCACACGAAGGAAGAUCUCUUCAACCUGAACACCACCUAUGAGAAGAGUGUUCAUGACUCUUUGGACGAGUUGAAGAGCGACGUCAGCGGAAUCCAACACGACUCUGACGAUCUGAACACUGAUGAAGAGGACAAUGGUCAAGACUCGUGGGACGACUAUGACGUCCGACCCCUUGGCAUCGACGAGGAGUUCUGGGAACCGCUUGUAGAUGAAGUUUAUGGUGGCUCCGACGCCCCAGAUUUCAUGUGCCCCGACGAAGAUCCACCGAUCAAUGCUGGACCAUCUCUCUAUACUUGUUCAACGAACGACGCUUUCGACCACACAGUCAUUGCCGGAGGAGACGGCGGUGUCUGGAAGAACGAAGCCCCGAGCGGAGCUUCGACUGCUUCUGGUUGUUCCGAUCCCGACUACUCGGGGAAUGACUCCAUGAACGCAGAUAGCGGUGGGCAACCUCAAACUCCGCGUGGGACUUUCAACCAUCCAAGCAGCAGGAAGAAUGUGUACAGCCAUGGUGGUAAUGCACAAGGACCCGAUAGAACGAGAAAACACAGCUUUGGACAGAAGAACAUGGACAGCAAUGGUGGCAAUGGACAAGGAUCAGAUUGCCCGAGGAAUCAGAGCUUUGGACAGAAGAGCAUGGACAGCAAUGGCGGCAAUGCACAAGGAUCAGAUGGCCCGAGGAAUCAGAGCUUUGGACAGAAGAGCAUGGACCGCAAUGGUGGACCGAAGCCGUGGUCGAGUGACUUUGUUCGCGAAAAUGUGUACAAGGGACGUUCCCUCACCGACAUAGACGACGAGGAGUUUGAUAUCCCUCCUAUGUACGACGACCUCCUAUACGACACCACCGACAUCCCUGACCUCGACAUAGACGAAAUAGGCGGCGAAGUGGCAGUCGGGAAAGUGUUCUCCUCCAAGAAAGAUUGUCAAGUAGCUCUCGCAAUAUACGCCAUCAAAAACAUGUUCAAUUUCCGCCAAACCACAACUAAGAGAAACUACUUCGUACUAAAUUGUACCGAUCAGCGCUGCGAGUGGAGAAUACUAGCUGGUCAGGUUAAGCACUGUGGGUAA